AGGCAACGUGCAUUACGGAGAUGUCAGUAAUGAUGGCUUGCUGGAAACAGAAUGAUUUCAACGAUGUGGCUUGUGCUGAGGAGAUCCGGAUAUUCUACGACUGCGUGGCAAAGGCAGAAAAGGAGCGCAAGGAUCGAAAUGAGGACAUCCUGUCACCCAGGGGAAACUUAACUUCAAGCAAAGUGAACAAGCUCCUGAGGAGGUUUCCUCAGGUCACACGUUAUGUAUGA